AGCGCCGCAGGCCGCACCCAGCUCGGGCGGCGGGGGCAGCGCUGGAGGCUGAGGGGGCGGAGAGGCCGGGCGGGCCGGGGCUGCGGGCUAGGGAGCGCCCGGCGGACAGGGGGCGGAGCCGGAGCCGGAGCCGGAGCUGGAGCCGACGCGCGGCAGCCGCCCUCGGACCUGGGAGCCUGUGCGCUGCCCGCGAUUCGCCCCCUGAGGAGCCGAGAAAGAUUGUGCAAUGAAUGGUGAUACUCGGGCCGCAGUGGUGACCUCACCACCCCCGACCACAGCCCCACACAAGGAGAGGUACUUUGACAGGGUGGAUGAGAACAAUCCGGAGUACUUGCGAGAGAGGAACAUGGCACCGGACCUCCGCCAGGACUUCAAUAUGAUGGAGCAGAAGAAGAGAGUAUCCAUGAUCCUGCAGAGCCCUGCUUUCUGUGAAGAGUUGGAAUCAAUGAUACAGGAACAGUUUAAGAAGGGGAAGAAUCCCACGGGCCUAUUGGCAUUACAGCAGAUUGCAGAUUUUAUGACCACGAACGUACCGAAUGUCUAUCCUGCAGCUCCACAAGGAGGGAUGGCUGCCUUAAACAUGAGUCUUGGUAUGGUGACUCCUGUGAAUGACCUAAGAGGAUCUGACUCCAUCGCUUAUGACAAAGGCGAAAAAUUAUUGAGAUGUAAGCUGGCAGCAUUUUACCGACUGGCAGAUCUCUUUGGAUGGUCUCAGCUUAUCUACAAUCAUAUCACAACCAGAGUGAGCUCCGAGCAGGAACAUUUCCUCAUUGUUCCCUUUGGACUUCUCUAUAGUGAAGUGACUGCAUCCAGUUUGGUUAAAAUCAAUUUACAAGGAGAUGUAGUAGAUCGUGGAAGUACUAACCUAGGAGUAAAUCAAGCUGGCUUCGUGUUACACUCUGCCAUUUAUGCUGCGCGACCAGAUGUGAAGUGUGUUGUGCAUAUUCAUAUACCAGCAGGAGCUGCGGUCUCUGCGAUGAAAUGCGGCCUCUUGCCAAUCUCCCCAGAGGCACUUUCCCUUGGAGAAGUGGCUUACCAUGAUUAUCAUGGGAUUCUGGUUGAUGAGGAGGAAAAAGUAUUAAUUCAGAAAAAUUUGGGGCCUAAAAGCAAGGUUCUUAUUCUCCGGAAUCACGGGCUGGUGUCUGUCGGAGAGAGCGUUGAGGAGGCCUUCUACUACAUCCAUAACCUGGUGGUCGCAUGUGAGAUCCAGGUUCGAACUCUGGCCAGUGCAGGAGGGCCAGACAACUUAGUUCUCCUGGAUCCUGGCAAGUACAAAGCCAAAUCCCGUUCCCCGGGGUCCCCGGCAGGGGAGGGCACCGGCUCACCUCCCAAGUGGCAGAUUGGCGAGCAGGAGUUUGAAGCCCUCAUGCGGAUGCUCGAUAAUCUGGGUUACAGAACUGGCUACCCUUACCGAUACCCUGCUCUGAGAGAGAAAUCUAAAAAACAUAGCGAUGUGGAGGCUCCUGCGAGUGUCACAGGUUACUCUUUCGCUGGUGACGGGGACCCAGGCACUUGCUCCCCUCUCAGACACAGUUUUCAGAAGCAGCAGCGGGAGAAGACAAGAUGGCUGAGCUCUGGCCGAGGUGACGAUGCUUCCGAGGAGGGGCAGAAUGGAAGCAGCCCCAAGUCGAAGACUAAGGUGUGGACGAACGUUACACACGAUCGCGUGAAACCCUUGCUGCAGUCUCUCUCGUCCGGUGUCUGCGUGCCAAGCUGUAUUACCAACUGCUUGUGGACUAAAGAGGAUGGACAUAGAACCUCCACCUCUGCUGUCCCUAACCUGUUUGUUCCAUUGAACACUAACCCCAGAGAGGUCCAGGAGAUGAGAAACAAGAUCCGAGAGCAGAACUUACAGGACAUUAAGACGGCUGGCCCCCAGUCCCAGGUUCUGUGUGGUGUAGUGAUGGACAGGAGCCUAGUCCAGGACGCACCCCUCUCUGACUGUACGGAGACAAUCGAAGGGCUCGAGCUCACAGAGCAGACCUUUAGUCCUGCUAAACCCCUCUCUUUUAGAAAGGGGGAGCUUGUGACAGCCUCCAAGGCCAUCAUUGAGAAGGAAUACCAGCCCCAUGUCAUCGUGAGCACCACAGGCCCCAACCCCUUCAAUGCGCUCACUGACAGAGAGCUAGAAGAGUACCGCAGGGAGGUAGAGCGGAAGCAGAAGGGCCCGGAAGAGAAUCUGGACGAGACCAGAGAACAGAAAGAAAAGAGCCCUCCAGAGCACGCUGCUGCCCCCCACACCCCCCCCAGCACCCCUGUCAAGCUUGGGGAAGACCUGCCACAGGAGCCCAUUUCCGGAGAGGACAGUGAUGCUGCCACCUUCAAGCCAACUCUCCCCGACCUGUCCCCUGAUGAGCCUUCAGAAGCGCUCGGCUUCCCCACCUUGGAGGAGGAGGAAGAGGAGGGGGAGGCACUCAGUGAAGCCCGCGAGCCUCCCAGCCCCACUGGUUCCCCCGUGGCGGCCAGCCCUGAGCCAGCCUCAGCCCAGGUGGCCGAAGAGGCUGCCUCCCCAGCUGCCGAGGAGGGGGCUGCCGUGGACCCUGGCAGCGAUGGAUCUCCGGGCAAGUCCCCUUCCAAAAAGAAGAAGAAAUUCCGCACCCCCUCCUUUCUGAAGAAGAGCAAGAAGAGGAGUGACUCCUGAAGGCCCGUCCUGCACACACCAAUGCCACCAGACUGUCCCCGAUUGUGUCUCAUGUUCUGUCUUCUUGUGUAACGGAAUGCAAACAGCCCGUCCCUCCACAUAGCUAGUGCUCCCCUCACGGCGUGACCAAAUCCCCACGUAGACCGGUGCUAACCUCCUGGGCGUGUGCGGCGGGUGCUGGGAGAGACGAGCCUCCACGGCCCCUCAGCGUCCACCGUGCCCUUCUGGGACCUGCACCUCAGGGGCCGGGCUCUCCCCCGGGGCCGCACGUCCUGCUUCUGGCUGGACACUUGGAGGCCCUGCUCGCCCUGGCCUUGCCCUCCCUCCUGUUGUGCAGUACCCCAUGCUGUGUGUGUGCUAGGCUCCCCUUCAUCCCCAGGCCUCAGGUGACCGAAUCAGACUGGGAGCUUCCUGCUGGCAUUACCUGCUCUGUGAUCUCACUUUGUUCGCAGCUAGAGCCUCAGUCUUGGGAAAGCACUCCGUGCCUGCCAGCAGUCCAGGGUAUCCUGAUGGCCUUUGAGAAGCGAGUUCGGGCUGAGCCGGGGACCUAGCAGCAAAGGGCUGGGUAUACCUGACAUGCCUUGUGCAUGGUCUGAUUGGCCUGAGGCCGGAAACAAAGGUAAGGGGCCCCCAGUUUCUCACUCACUGGGGUCUCUAGAUUUCUCCUGUCAUGGGGAAGAUACAUUAAGAGGGGGAAGAGUCCUUUCUAGAAUUUUCUUUCAGAUUUGCAAUUCAUCCUACAUCUUUGACCAUGAACAUGAAUUGGCCACUUUUUGCUUUAGUUUUCUCCCUAUAGCCUGCCACGGAGUGCAGCAAAAUGCACUUCACUGAUUUGGGCGGGGGCUUGGAACUGAGAAGGGAUCUCCUCUUUAACUCAGCCUGAAAAGAUCUCCUGGUUUUGGGAAAGGGUAGCUCAAGGUAGAAGGGGACCCAGUGGUCUCUCCCCAACUUCUUACACUAGUCAUUCAUGGAGCCAUGCCUGGCUCUCCUUGUUGGAUGUUGUAAAUUUCCACUGAGAUUCCUAAAAAAUCACGUGAAGCUGCUUAGUGGGAACUAGUGGGUGACCCAUUCCAGGGGCCACCUGGUGCCAGCCUGACCAGGCACUGGCAAGCCUCCUCCUCGCACGUGGGGAGGGGCCCCUGGUGGACCUGGUGCCAGACCUGGGCCCCACGCUCCUGCCCCCAAGCAGGACCUGAGGCUGGCUGCAUGGCGCUGACCGCUGCUUUAAGCUUUCUGGCGACGCUCUUCUCUGGUGUAUCAUGUUGUUGCCACGGUGGUGUUCAGGUUCUCUGCCCUCGCCCUGUCCUCCAGUUAACCAUGGACUGUAGCCCUUCCUUUUGUCCCACAUAUGCAAUGACUUUCAUUUCACUUUUGUAGUUUAUUUUAACUCUUUGUAUCACAACAUGAAGUUUAGUCGCAUAUAUGGACACAGGCUUGGGAGGACGGGUCCUGUGUCCUUCACUGUAACAUGUUUUACUCACAAAUAAAAUUCUUUAAGCAGUUUCCUUGUCUAAACUGG